GAGUCUGUCCUUUCAGUCGUGGACAGCCGAUCGACCUCUUCUCGCCUUCUGCUUUUUGCCGCGAAGACGAGGAUCAUAGAAGUGUCUCUAUAGUGCCGAAGGAAGGCGUCUCCGUCCGACCGUCGGUUUUUGUAUUUCGUGGUCGCCUUCGUCAAGAACAGAGAUGUUGCAACGAACCUGGAGAGAGGUGAUAUGGAUCGUACUAUUCAUUGCCGCGGCUACCACGGCCAAGAAACGCUCACUUGAAGGUCGCCAGCACUGGUGGGACUUGGCCCAGAACGAGAUCUUGGCCGCCCUGAACGUCCGCGAGAACUGGAACGUCGCAAAGAACGUCAUCCUGUUUUUGGGCGACGGGAUGGGCGUCACCGUCAACACCGCCGGCAGGAUCUACAAAGGGCAGAAGAAGAACAUGAACGGGGAGGAAGGAUUCCUCACUUGGGAAAGAUUCCCCGAUGCUGCUCUGCUGAAGACCUACAACGUCGACAAACAAGUCCCCGACAGUGCGGCCACGGCUACUGCUUACCUUUGCGGCAUCAAGGCCAAUUACUACACCAUAGGAGUCGAUUCCAGCGUCAAGCUCGGAGACUGCGCUGCCCAGAAGAAUACUGCCAGCCACACCCCCUCCAUCCUCGCCUGGGCGCAGGAUGCUGGAAAGGAUACCGGCUUCGUGACCACAACCAGAGUGACUCACGCCACCCCAGCUGCCUUGUACGCCCACACCGCCCACAGGGCCUGGGAGUGCGACAGCAAGCUGGGGCUAAUGGGCGCCGGCUGUAAGGACAUCGCCGAUCAGCUGGUCUCCGAGGAACCGGGGAAGAACAUCAAGCUCAUUUUCGGAGGAGGACGUCAAAAUAUGGGCGCCCCCAUCGGUGACCCCACGCCUUUGACCUGUGUGCGAAAGGACGGGCGUAACCUGGUCCAGGAAUGGCUGAAGCACAAGACUGACCAGGGCAAGACAGCCAAAUACGUCACCACCACCGGAGAGAUGAACGACGUUGACGUUAAAAACACCGAUUACCUCCUUGGUCUCUUUGACAACACUCACACUCCUUACGAAAUCGACCGGAAGUCUGGACCUUCAGGAACCCCCUCGAUCACGGAGAUGACCCUCAAAGCGAUCGAAUUCCUUGAGAAAGGGGAUGAAGGAUAUUUCCUUUUGGUCGAAGGAGGGCGCAUUGACCACGCCUUGCAUGAAACCAUGGCCUACAGAGCCUUGGAGGAUCUCCUAGCUAUGGACGAGGCGGUGGAGGCUACUCUGAAGCACGUCGAUCUCGAAGACACUUUGGUGAUUGUGACAGCCGAUCAUUCCCACGUUAUGACGAUCAACGGAUAUCCAGAACGAGGCAAUAAUAUCAUCGGUUUAAGUGGAGAAUUCUCCGAAGUUGACGGACUUCCUUACACCACCCUUAUGUUUACCAACGGUCCUGGAUAUAACUACUCAGUAGUAGAUGGAAAAGCAGUCAGAGUUGACCCUAGCAAGCAAGAUAUCUUCGAUGCAGACUUCAGGUACCUGUCGGCCGUGCCAACGGCGCCAGACAACGAGACCCACGGGGGCGAGGACGUCGCCGUGUGGGCGGCUGGCCCCAUGUCCCACCUGUUCCAUCGAACUCACGAGCAGAACUACGUUGCCCACGUCAUGGCUUACGCCUCUUGUGUAGGACCAAACACAGGGAGCAAAUGUCAACGACCUGCUCACGCCAAGUUCACCAAGGGCCCGAUACCCAACAGACCCUUCGAGGCCUCAGGCAAUCCCAGCAUCCUUGACCAAAUUCUCGCCAAUGCUCAGCGGGAGCAGCCGUCGUGGGAUCCACAUCCGGGAACACGAAGUUCCCGACGUUGUCCCCGAUUCUUCAGCAGCUGUUGGAAGACAACGAGGACAAGAUCAUCGAGGCCCUCGGAAAGGAAAAGAUUAAGCCCUUCCCGCCGAACUCCGAAAUGAAGAAACUCCUUGAGGAGAGCGUCCUUCACCCCCACAGCAUGUAGUCAACUAAAAGAGAUGGUGGCCACCGGAUGGCCUUUCGUAUCACUCAGUAGCCACGCUAUUCUAAAUCCGGUAUUCAGGUCAGUACAAGGAAGAGCUACCCUCGCCGUGGCGUGGAACACCAAAGAUGGACUCUGGAUAUCAAAUUAUGAAUAUCUAAAAAUAAAAAAAAAAUAUGGAAAGUUGUUCUGAAAAGUUAAUGUGUUGACUGCGGACUGGUUGUCUGUUAUUUAUUUAGGUGUUUCUAUAUAUGAGUAGAUUAAAACUUUGAUCACAUUAAGUUGUAACUAUUAUCAAAUAGACUAUUAUCCUGCAAAUUCCCUUUUUUCUUAUAUGUUUUUCAGUGAAGUAAAUUGUAAAAGUAGUGGCUAUUUGCUUCCUGAUACUUGUGGCGUAGAAUUCCAGAAAUAUUAUGAGUUUAUGGCAAAACAUCUUUGAGUUUUUUUUUUAGAAUAAAUUCAAACUGAAGCCACUGAGGAAAAUGUUCUCAGAUUCAGCAGCUUGUACUUCUACUCUUUAUCAAUAUAAUAUUUUUUUUUUUUUUUCAUUGCUUAUGACCGUUUGCUUUAAUUUAUUACCUACAUCGUAGUCUGUAGACACUCCUUAUUUAUUUUGUAUCGUCCUCAAUCUCAUUUCACCCUUUAUGUCUUUUUUCGUGUUUAUUUAUGGUUGACAUUUUUUUCCAUUUUCCUUUGAUUUAUUCGUAUAAAUUUCCGUGAACAAUUAACUUUUUAUAUUAAAUUAAAUAUUCUUGAUGUUGAUGUACAUCUAUUGAUUUAGACUUACCUAUACUAGCUGUAGAUGUACCUACAUGCUUAUAUACACACAUAUAUGUAUACAUACAUACAUACAAAUAUUUUAUACAUACAUAUAUAUUUAUAUACAUAUG